AUGAGUGUAUCCGUGGAGGAGCUGGAGGCCACGGCCAAGGAAGUGCUAGGCAGACUGCAGAGCCACCAGCUGUUCCAGUCCGAGUGGGACACCGCGGCCUUCAUCGUCUUCCUCACCUUCAUCGGCACUGUGCUGUUGCUGCUGCUGCUGGUCAUUGCCCACUGCUGCUGCUGCUGCUGCUGCGCCUCCCCUGGGACCCCCCGGAAGGUGAGCCCCCGGAAGAUGAGCCCUAAGGGAGUGGACAACUUGGCCCUGGAGCCCUAA